CGCAUGUCGCAGCUGUUAGCAGUGCUACCGCCGUAUCAACCAUCGUCUUGCCCAGACGGCAACAAAACAAGCAGACGCAAUCUUUUCACUAAAAACAAGAAUGCCAACAGCGACGAACUCAGUGCCAAAAGGCUACGCAAGAACUCUGAAGGAGAAUUUCAUCCAGUACUGGCUGACGGUUGUAAAAAUACAAACCCACAAUCCGUGGAAGGUAACGGCCUCUGUUAUGUACUCAUUUCGUGUUUAUCGGCCCUAUAUUCAAGAUAUCGGUGUUUUUGUUGCCGAUAAUAUCGGUAUUGUAGUACAACAACUUAUUUUAUACAAUAUAUUCUAAGUUUAAAGUAUAUUUUUUAUUCAAAUUUGGUUCUCGCACAGCUGGUUGACCUGAACGUAUCAAUUAGCCUUUUCCCAAAAGAGAUCACAGUGCAUUCUGGGAUUAUUUGGAGGGACAAAAAAUAUGGUGACAGGCGAUAAAAAAUUGAAAGAUUUGAAGUAUCUACUAUCAAAUAUUAACUUUUAACACGACCUAAAGUGAAAUAUCUCCUUUUUACAUUGAACAUUUAAUUUAAAUGUCUGCUGCCAUAUUUCUUGUCAGGGGGGGGCAGCCGCCCCCGUUGCCCUUUACCAGGGGGGGCAAAGGUGCCUUGGCGAAAUAGCGAAUUGUCAGGAUAGUGCAAUUCUUUUACGAAUUUGCUUCAGAAAAUGCAAGAAAUGCAGGCAUCGAGCUUCAAGAAUAGCGCAAUCGCCUGGCGGAGAACUCCCUCACACCCCUAUCAUCCAAUAAAUAGAAAACAUGAUUAGGCGACGUUCAACUCCCGAUGUUUUGCAAACAUCUCUUAGUAUAUAUCAAUUCAAAAGUGCCCUUUCACGAAAAUCUGCCCCCCUUGCCUUUACAUCGUUCCGGCGUCGGUGUUUCUUGACCCUCCAAACGCGACUAGACUCAGGACUUUGGGAAAUGGUUAAUUCAAAUAUCGCCAUAUUCGAAGAUUUUAUCAAUUAUAUAUAUGUGUAUGAUAAGUGUUAAUGCACGAUUGGUCACUCUCAACUCAGUUCUGAUGAAGUUUCUACAGCUCUCUAAUAACCGUGAUUUGUUCUAACUAGCAGUGUUACAUUUAAGGCUGUUUCUUGGCAUUUUCAGUACGAAAUUGAGCCGUGCUUAAGUACGCAUCUCCAGUAGGGCUAAAUUGGUGAUUCAAUUAAUGAUAAACUUUUUAUUGGGUUUGAUAUUUUACAGAUGCCGUCACAGCAAACAAUGAAAAUGAGGAGCCGAACAAGGUAGACAAUGAAAGUAAAUUCAUGCAUUCGACCAAUUCCCCAUUCAAAGUGAUGUCAUCAUGCGCCUAUGUAAAGUCCGAGAACCAAGCCCCAAAUCCUGUGCCUGCAAACAUGGUCAGCAGUAGGCCAGUUCUUGGUGAAAUAUCGCAACAAGGGAUGUGUAUGAGAGAGCCGCAUCAGCGAAGCAGUUGUCAAUGGCAACAUGUGGUGGGCCGUUUCACAGGACUGGACGGACGGACCAGCCCAAUGGUACGACUAGUUGAUCAAGCUGUAUCUCCUAUACCCCCCGGGAAGCUUGCACCCCGUAACUCGAUUGCCAUCCAAGCGAGUCUCAUCAAAGACAUCAGCCCACUUAAACCACUGGUUUUCUUACACCAUCGCAUUCCAUCGCCAUGGAAACCACCCGCAGCCUCACCCAGUAACAUUCCACCUGCCCCACCCUCUACCCCAGAGCUACCUAACCAAGCCAGCAUGGGCCCUUUUCAAAGUCAAGGUAAUUGUAUUCUCCUAAGAAGUAUCUCCCCAUACCCCGCUUCCCAGAGUUGCAGCUCAUCGCCAAUUCCCCCUUUCAACAGUCCCAAAUUAUUCUUCCCCCCAUCACCAAAUGCAUCGGGUAAUGGCACGGUGCUACCCCAAGGAAAUCUAUUGUAUGGUGUUAGUCACGUUCCAACAUCCACCAUGACCCCACCUCUUCGAAACCACCAAAGCAACUCCUGUCCUGCCUCUGUUAAUCCCUCCCCCACCCCCCUUGAUUCAGGUCUAACCUACACCCCCGGUCUUGUGGUCCCACAUUCAAAGAUACCUAGCCCCAAUGCGUGUAUGCGCAGCCAAACCCCACAGCCGUUUAUCCAACCAACAAGCUUAACACCAGAGGUCUUCCCUGUAACCCCAUGUCAGCAACCCCCCGCAGGAAAGCGACCGUGUAUGUUGAUGACUGAACAAGCACAGAGGGAGACACCUUCAAGCACUAUUGAUACAAUAGCCAAUGAAAACGUCUCAAGAAAACUUUGUUUGACCAAUGAAAAUGCUUGAAAAAUGUACAUUGUUUGACAUUUGAACUUAUUAUGGCAACAGUCUGUUAUGACAUUGAUUUUGAUUAAAAACUGUGGUUUAGGCAAGUUAUGGGCAGACAAACAAAUUUAGCUAAAGUUUGUUUAUACAUAAUUUUAGAUGACUCGCAUGGCUAGUUAAAUAUUGUUCUGAUUUACAGAAGCAUAAAAUACAAGCUUAAGAAUUGUCUAUGUGAACCAAUGACUAUUAUACAUAAUACUAGUUCUUGUAGUUACCAUUGUUCUAUUAGAACUACGCUUCUGUAAACUAGAACGACAGUCACUAGACAUGCAAGUUACUGUAACUAAAAUUAUAAGUUGGUUCGCAACAAUGUAAACAACGUUAGCCAGAUCUGUCUGUUAGAAAAGUGAUGUGGGGAUUUUCAGCUUGCACAACAGCUAUCUGCUUGUGCUGGAUUUUUCUCUUUUCCUUUGCACAAAUUUUUAUCCCCUCCCCCAAAUCCACUUUUGUAAUGGCUUGCUGCCCCUAAGCUAUGUUACAUCUACUAAGGGCACUUUCCAUUUAAUGGCCUGACCGAUCAGACCCAAAUUUUAGUCUCUGUAUCAAUGGAAAGAUUUGGUCUACGUUUCUCAAAUAUCUAGUGAAAAUGGUCCUCAUUCUAAUUUUAUCUAAAUCUUCCGGUCAGAUAGGUCCGAAGCCUAAACGUUUUGUAUUCCAUUCAACAAUUUGACCGGUCUGGCCGUGUUAAUGGAAAGCGCCCUAACUGUGGUUACAUGUAAAUGGAGUUUGAAUUCAUUUAUUUGCUUUUGUAAAAAGCGCUGCAUGUCUUAUUUAUUUUGCAAUGCACAAAUUUAAUGCACAAGAUUUACAACUCCAAUUAUAUGCACACUCACUGUUUUGAAAAAGACAUUAAUGUAGAUGAAGUUGAUAUUUAUGUAAUGAUUAAGUGUCCUGUCCAAUAAAUUGUAUGCAAAAUAUAUUUUGGAAACUGGAUAUGUUUGAUGUCACUCAAUGUUUUU